AUGUUCCUGAACAAGGUGCUGGUGGUCCUGACCGACCUGAUGGCCCGGCUCCUUGGUAACAUCGUGUUUCGGCAGCACUUCCACCUGCUGCUGUCUGCGGUGGUGAUGUUCGGCCCUGCACUGAGCCUCUGGGUCUCCCAGCACAGUGUCUUUGCCAAGAGGAGCCAUUUUCUCUACAGGGUGUUCCUGCGCUCGGGCUGGGGCUGGACCUGCAUCUUUGUGGGUUCUUUCGUCUUCCUCCUCUCCUUCUCCAUCCGUCGCUCCCUUGGCCUCUCCAUCCGUCACCUCUCCAGGCUCGGGGUGGCUGGUGGCCUGUGGAUAAUUUUCUGCAAAUUCCUGAACCAUCUGGAGAAUGCCACAGGAAGCUGCUAUGAACCUUUACUCAGCGGCCCAGAGGUGAUCAGCAGCCAGCCUCUGUUGGUGUUAAGAGAGGGGGAGAGCAGGUUUGAGUGCCUCAGAGCUGGGCUGCUAUGGAGGGGAUAUGAGGUUUCAGAGGACGUCUUCCUCCUCUGUCUGUGCUGCCUGCUGCUGGCAGAGGAGACGUCCGUGUUCGGUCCUUAUCUGAGACUGGGAGGGAUCUCAGAUGCUCCUCUGAGGAUCCUCUUCCUCUUCUGUGUCCUCUUGCUGGGGCUCUGGAUCUUUCUGCUUCUCUGUCUCUUAGCUUACUUUCCCCAGUUCCCCACCCAGCUGCUUGGGGGCGCUCUAGGCUGUCUGAGCUGGAGGGGACUGUAUCAGGGCUGGUAUCGCCAGGGGCCCAGCUGGUACUGUCCCGGGAGGCCUGGACAGGGGCUGCUCAACACCAAGACUGGGGGUACUGAAGCUGAGGAUGCACAACUGAGCCACAAUCACGAUGAAUAA